GACACACUUUUUUUUUUUUAAUAUUAUUAAAGAGGGAGAAAGCCUCAUUAGCUACUGCUCUUCGAGUAAUAUUGAAGGACAUCGCUCUAUCUUUUUGCCAAGUUUUUGAUUCAGAAAAUACUCAGCAAGCAUCGGCAGAAUAAGCACGGAGGGUGGACUGUGGAGCAGUAAGCACCGUAGUAUCUCGUCGGAAUAUGACCAUGUCCACACCAAUUACGGCAACCUUACUUACUACCAAACUUUACUUUCUCUCUCCUCCCAUCGAGUUCCCAAGAACCAAUUCUCUACCAUAUCCCGGCACCCUUUUUUCUGCCACACGUUGUACUUCCACCAAAAUAGUGUCUGCCAUUAAAGCUCCAACGGCUCGAAAUGGUUCUCGUUCGGCAAAAGAGGCUAUUAUCAGGGAAUUUCAGAAUUCCUCUGAUUUGGAUACUGCACUUUUCAGGUGUGAAGAGAUCUUGAAGGCAACCGAUUUAAACAUAGUGUUACGCGAUUUUGGGAGGUCAAAUAGAUGGAAGCAUCUUUCUCAGCUGUUUGAGUGGAUGCAAAAGCAUGGAAAGAUCAAUGUUGCAUCAUAUAGCAGUUACAUUAAAUUUAUGGGGGAGAGCAAGGACAUUUCAAGGGCUCUUAAUGUAUACGAGACUAUAAAUGACGAAGCUGUGAAAAAUAAUAUCUCAAUAUGCAAUUCUGUUCUCAGUUGCUUGAUUAAGAAUAAGAAGUUUGACAAAGCAAUGAGUAUGUUUAAGAAGAUGAAGCAAAAUGGUUUGCAGCCAGAUGUAGUGACGUAUAGCACGCUGCUGGCUGGUUGCUUGAAAUUAGAUCAUGGAUAUAUGAAGGCACUACAGUUGGUUGAAGAGCUGGAAAAUAGUGGGAUUCUGAUGGACAAUGUGACAUAUGGGACUCUUAUAGCUGUUUGUGCUUCAAACGGCCGAUGUGAGGAGGCAGAAAUGUAUUUCAUGCGCAUGCAGGCUGAAGGUCAUUCUCCAAACGUCUACCAUUAUAGCUCAUUGCUCAAUGCAUACUCUUUUGAUGGUAACUAUCAGAAAGCUGAUAAAUUGGUUCAAGAUAUGUCAUCUGCAGGAAUUAUGCCGACCAAGAUUUUGUUUUUGCAGGUUGUUUUGACAACUUUGUUAAAGGUCUAUGUUAAAGGAGGCUUGUUCGAAAAAUCUAGAUCACUGUUAUCUAAGCUAGAAAGGUUGGGCUAUGCUGACAAUGAGAGGCCUUAUUGUGUGCUGAUGGAUGGUCUCUCAAAAUCUGGGAAGAUUCAUGAAGCUAAAUUAACUUUUGAUCAGAUGAAUGAGAGACGAGUCAGAUCUGAUGGAUAUUCACACAGUAUUAUGAUUACAGCUUUAUGUAGAGCUGGGCUUUUGGACGAAGCUAAGAAUUUGGCUAUGAAAUAUGAAGUUUCGUACAAUAAAUACGACGUGACCAUUUUAAAUGGUUUGUUGUGUGCUUAUUGUAGAACAGGAGAUAUGGACUGUGUGAUGCAGACAAUGGAAAAAAUGGAUAAACUGGGUAUAAAUCCUAAUCAGAAUACUUUUCAUAUUCUACUGAAGUACUUUUGCAAAGAGAAGUUGUAUCUGCUUGCAUAUCGUACCGUUAAAGAUAUGAUAAAUAAAGGUCUUCAACCGGAGGAGGAAGUAUUAUACUCCUUGGCACUUCAACUUAGUAGUGUUGGUGCGCACUCUGAAGCAUUUUCUAUCUACGAGAUUUUAAUAUAUAGUGAAAAAGCAAUAUGCAAUACCCUCCAUGAAAAGAUAUUGUACAUACUAAUAGCCGGACAGCUUUUGGAGAAUGCAUUUGUGGUAGUGAAGGACAAUGCGAAAUUUCUCUCACCAGAAGCUGUUCAAAAGUUUUUAGGAGCAUUCAUAAGAUUCGGGGAUGUAAACUUAAUAAAUGAUGCACUGGAAGCUAUUCACAGUUCUGGCUACAAUAUUGAUCAGGAUGCAUUUCACCUGAUCGUAUCACGUUAUGUUGCGCAACCAGAAAAGAUGGAAUUGAUUCUCCAAUUACUGCAAUGGAUGCCAAACCAUGGCUAUGUGGUCAAUCCGUCAACAAGAAACCUCAUCCUCAAGGACGUAAACUUAGGCAACCACCUAUUUGUUGCUGAGAUAUUAGCAAAACAACAUGUCAUUGCAAGCACAUUAAGACCUUGUUAAAAUUAGCCAGUUAAUUUUUCUGGGUGCGAGGUUAACAAUCUAUUAACAUGGAGACUGAUCCAACCAUCUCCCAAAUCUCAAGGCCAUCGUUAUUUUGUUGUAAUCCAAUCUGUCUACUUUCUGUUAA